AUGACAGUAUCAACUUCAACUGUGAUAGUAUCAACUCUCUCAACAACAAAUCCAUUUGAGACAGUAUCAACUUCAACUACAGAUUCACCUGUGCCAGUUUCAAUUUCCUCAACAGCAAUUCCAUCUGAGACAAUAUCAAGUUCAACUGCAACUUCAUCUGAGAUAGCAUCAACUUCAACUGCAAUUUCAGCUGAAGAAGUAUCAUCUUCAACUCUAACUUCUAAUGAGACAGUAUCAACUCCCUUAACAACUUCAUCAACUUCCUUGACUGCAUCUUCAUGUGAGACAGUCUCAACUGCAACUUCUAAUGAGAUAAUGCCAUCUUCAACAGCACCUGCUACUGUGACAGUAUCAACUUCCUCAAUUGAAACUUCAGCUGUGACAGUAUCAACUUCCUGCUUAGGAACUAUAUCUGAGACAGUAUUCACUUCUACAACUUUAUCUGAGACAGUUCCACCUGUUCCAACUUCCUCAACUGCAACUUCAGCUAUGACAGUAUCAACUUCCUCAACAAAUUUAUCUAAGACAAAAUCAGCUACUUCAAUAUCAGUUUUAUCUGUGACAUUUUCAAUUUCCUUAACUGCAACAUCAUCUGAGACAGAAUCAACUUCCUCAAUUGCAACUUCUGCUGUGACAGUAUUAACUUCCUCAACAGCAACUUUAUCUGAAGUAUCAACUUCAGCAACUUCAUCUGAGACAAUUUUAUCUUCAACUGCAGCUUCAGCUGUGACAGUAUCAACUUCAACUGUACCUUCAGCUAUGACAGUACCAACUUCCUCAACUGUACCUUCAGCUGUGACAGCAUCAGCUUCCUCAACUGCAGCUUUAUCUGAAACAAUAUCUUCAACUGCUGCUUCAGCUGUGGCAGUAUCAACUUCCUCUGCAACUUCAGUUGAGGCAAUAUCUUCCUCAACUGCUGCUUCAGCUGUGGCAAUAUCAACUUUCUCAAUUGCAGCUUCAACUGAGACAGUAUUAACCUCCUCUACAACUUCAGCUGAUACAGUAUCAACUUCUGCAUCAACUUUGACAGUAUCUGGAGCGUCAGCUUCUGCUGAUGCCUUAUCAACUUUCUCACACACUUCAGUUGAGAUAGUAUCAAGUUCAAUUACAUCAGCUGAGACAGUAACAACUUCCUCAACUGCAGCUUCAGCUGUAACAGUAUUAACUUCCUCAACUGCAGCUUCAGCUGUAACAGUAUUAACUUCCUCAACUGCAGCUUCAGCUGUAACAGUAUUAACUUCCUCAACUGCAGCCUCAACUGCAGCUUCAGCUGUAACAGUAUUAACUUCCUUAACUACAGCUUCAGCUGUGACAGCAUCAACUUCAAUUGAAGCUUCGUCUGACACAAUAUCAACUUUAACUGAGACAGUAUCACCUUCCUCAUCUGUAACUUCAGCUGUGACAGCAGUAUCAACUUCAAUUGUACCUUCUGAUGAGACAACUUCAAUUGCAGAUUUAGCUGAGAAAGUAACUUCAUGUGCAGAAUUAGUUGGGACAUUAUCAGCCUUCUCAAGUGCUCCUUCGGCAGCUUUCACUGUGACAUCUUCAAUUGCAGCUUCAACCGAGACAGUAUCAACUUUCAUUGCAGCUUCAUCCAAGACAAUAUCAACUUCCUCAAAGGAUGCUUCAUCUGAAACAUAA